AGGAGACCGAGGCGGAAGUUCUGGAUAGCCAGAGCCCAGGGCGGUGACGCGGGCGGCGGGGUCUUCAGAAGUUUUUGCAAAUAACAAUGAUUUUUAUUUACUAUUAAGAUAGUGGAAAAAAAAAAAAAAACACGACAGUGAUCAUGAACUCCAAAGAUUUUGUAGUUCUUCCUUGGGGAAAACCUGGAAAUUCUAUAAAGCUGAAAUACAAAAAUGCUCAGGAACUGAGGAUGGAGAAGGUCCAGUUAGAACUGGAGAAUCAACAGAUGGAAAAGAAGCUACAGGAAUUCCAAUCAGCCCAGAGUAAAGAAAAGGAAGAAAGAGAGUCAAGUGGAUAUCACUGGAAAUCUGGACGAGUGGGAAAAUUGGGUAAUCAAUCACACACGAUGUCACAAAAUAAAAAAAAUAUUAUUAAGUUUUCUGCUGGAAAAGUGAAAUUAAAAUUACUGAAGGAGCAACUUCAAGAUCCAGUGAAACCACAACUUAAUUAUAAGAUGGCCAAUCCUUCUGAAAGUAAAAAAUCCAAGAUAAAAGGGAAGGUUUGUGGACAGUGUGAGAACAAAGCUGCUCUGCUGGUAUGCCUUGAAUGUGGAGAAGAUUAUUGUUUGGGUUGCUUUGCUAAAAUUCACCAAAAGGGGGCACUGAAGCUCCAUAGAACAACUCUUUUGCAGGCGAAAUCUCAAAUGUUAUCCAAUGUAUUGGAUGCUGCCCAUCGAUUUAUCAAGGAAGUUAAUCCAGAUGAACCCAAAGGGAAUAAUCAUUCUGAAGAAGAGAUCAGUAAAAGUGAGAACAAGCCCAAAUCUCUUCUACAGGGGAGCCACUCUGGGGUAGAAGUUCCAACCACAAAAAGAGCAGAGUGUUCACAUCCAAAAGAUAGGCUCCUCUGUGAAGGGUCAUUUGAUGAAGAAGCUUCUGCCCAGUCCUUUCCAGAAACUUUAAAUCAAUGGAGAACUGGACAUCAAGAUGACAACGAGAAACAGAAUCCAUCUGCAGCAAAAGCAGACUCAUUGGAAGAAUGUGAAGUACAAACUAAUCUGAAAAUUUGGAGAGAACCACUCAAUAUUGAAUUUAAAGAAGACAGUCUAUCCUAUAUGGAAAAGUUAUGGCUUAAAAAACACAGGAGAACUCCACAGGAGCAACUUCGAAACAUGCUACCCGAUACAUUCAUACCACAAUGUAAAACAGCGAGUGAGGCACAGUGUUCCCAGAAUGAAAGUGAUGAAGAUAGUGAUGUUGAGGAGACCAAAGUUCAGUACCCAGCGCCUUUUCUGCCAGUAGAAGAACUAAACAUAGAGAGACCUGAGCCAUCUCUAAAAAUAGUUGAACUGGAUGAUACUUAUGAAGAGGAAUUUGAAGAACCAGGAGACCCAGUGCCCUAUAAAGUUGAGUUAGCAGAUGCGGAUAGUCAACAAAGUUGCACAUUUCAUGAGUAUCAGAAUACUUUUCUAUAUGAAACUGACAUCCAUCAACAUCAUGUUUCCACCAAGGAAAAAACAGACCUCUUACAUCUUCAUCUGAACAACAGCUCUUCUUACUGUAAAAAUAACUCAAAAGCAGGAACUUCAGAUACUGAAUUUGAAAUCAUUGUGGAUCCUGAUGUUUAUUUUCCUGCCAUUGAGAAAAUAGGGGAAAGCAGCAUUUCUGAAAGAAAUUUCAAGGAUAAAAUGAUAGAUACAGAGAGUAAUCAAAAGUCUGGUGAUUCCUGCGUAUCACUUGAGAGCAAGGCUUCUUUGCCAAGCAUAGAUUUAAAAAAACCUUCCAUUAAGGAGCAGUUACCUCAGGACAUCAAAGAAUCCUUGGAAUUUAGCAAUCUGCAUGAGAGGCCAAACUUUGAAGAUUCUAAAGCUACGGAGUUGCCACUGUUGUUACAAGAAAUAGCCCUCAGAAGUAAGCCUAUAACUGAACAAUAUCAAGGACUUGAAAGAUUCUUUGUUUUUGAUAAAAAUGAAAGACUCAACUUACUUCCUUCUCAUAGCUUAGAAUGCAGCUAUUCCAGUACUAGGAUUACAACUGCAGGAGACAGAGAGUGGAUUCCAGACCGUAGCAUAAGUACAUAUGCUGAUAAUGCAGUCACCUUGGGUGUUCAGCAGAGUGCCCAGAACCCGUCAAUGAGUAGAACACAACGAAAAAUGGGCCAGAUAUCCCAGAGACCUUCAACAGCAAAUUUAUCCCUUUCUAACUCUGUUAAAAAAAGCUCCAGCUGCCUUGUCUCCUCCCAUCCUCGGUCAAGAAGUGCAGGGGCUCGACCAUUGUCUAGAGCCGCUUCUGAAAUUUCAGAAAUUGAAUAUAUUGAUACUACUCACCACACCGAGCCAUUCUUAGAUGGCACUGCUGAUCAGCAAACCUUAGACAGUUUGGAAAAAGAAUUAAAUGUCCUAAGAAAUCUUGCAGAUCCUUCAGAAAAGCUUUACAGCCUAACCUCAGAAGAGUUACCAGCCUUCAACAACCAUUCGCUGAACAUAAGUCAGACUACCCUAGAUUUCUGUAAGACCUCAAGUGCAAGAGGCCUUUGUGCAGUUGAGGAAUGGAGCUCUUUUGAAAGAGAUACUGAAGCUCAGUCUUUGCUGACACUUUCUGAAAGCAGCACAGAUGAGGAGGAAGAGGAUUUUCUUGACAAGCAACAUGUCAUCAUGCUAUCGUGGUCAUAGAGUGCCUCUUGAUAAUGAUCAUUUGUUCAUUACUUUUUCGAUUUUGUACCCAAAGUAAAGCAAACAGCUGAAAAAAGUGACCAAGUGAUUACCUGUACAGGUGCUGGAGAUUUUUGAUUAUUAAUGUUUCUGAUAUUUCAAGGUUUGCAAACUAAUAAAAGUUAGUGAAAUUAUAAGGGCUUUUUCUUCCAAAUGAUUUAUUGUAUGUCAAAUGCUAAUCUAUAUUGCAGAUCAUAUUAGGAAGAUUUGGUGAAUUUGUAACAAUGACAUUUAUAUUGUGUGUCUAGAAACUACUGUAGGUUAGAACAUGAUUGUAUUUAAAGUAAUAUUUAAUUGCUGAAUUAUAUUGAAUAAUGAUGUCAUCAUAAGAGUUAAUUGAGCCUAGAAUCCAUAUUUUACUUUGGUAACUACUGUUUGGUUUUGAUUUGAUUGUUAGGGUUUUUGACAUUUAGAAAAGUUCUGGUAACUUCAAACAUUGCUGCAAGAAGAGAAAAAGAGGACCCAAAGUAAAGCAGACAUAAUACUUGUCAUUCUAAUAUGACACAAAGACAUAAACUAGAGAACACAGAAACUCCCCCUCAAGCCUCUUACUUUGGGAGGGUCAUGUGAUGGUUAAUUUUAUGUCAACUUGGCUAGGCUAUGAUACCCAGAUAUAUGGUGAAACUGUAUACUACAUGUUUCUAUGAAGGUAUUUUUUAGAUGAGAUUAACAUUUAAAUCAAUAGACUUUGAGUAAAGCUGAUCACCCUAUAUGGUAUGUGUGGGUCUCAUCUAAUCAGUAUGUGUGGGUCUCAUCUAAUCAGUUUUAUUAAGAGAAAAAAGAACUGGGUCCUCCAAAGAGAGGGGACUGCUGCCUCCAGACUGCCUUUGGGCUGAAACCGCAGCAUCUAAUCUUCCUUGGAUCUCCAGCCUUCUGGCCUGCCUUAUAGAUUUUGGAUUUGCUAGCUGUCACAAUGGUUCUGUUUCCCUGGAGAACACUGACUAAUAAAAAUAGUUUCUGGAUUGUU